UGCUAGUGAUAUUAAAAAGUGUUGGAUUAGGAUAAAUCAGUUUCAUAGAGAAGUAUCUAAAGCUGUAGCUAAGACAGCAAUUGGAAGAAUUCGAAGAGAUAAAAAGAAAAGCACUGAAUAUACCAAAAAAUGCACAACACUUAAUUGAAUUAAGUGAAUAUAUUUUACAUGCAUCCAACAUAUUAGUGAAAGAUUUAGAAUGUAAAAUUCAGAAAUCAAUUCACAUGAUGAGCGUCCUAUUAGAAGUUACACUUCUAUCAGAGGAUCAUAUUGAAUUAAAUAGAAGAACUAUCAAUUGGUUGCAUGAAAUUGAACCGAUAUUUAAACAGCAUCACAUAUUAUGUGAAGCAAUGAAAAGUGAAUUAGAAGAUGACAUGCAGAGAAGAAUGAAUGACUUAACUUCUGAAGUAGAAAAUAUUGUUCCAGAACUUAGUGCUUUGGAUAAUAUGGAUGAUAUAAAAAGAGUUGGAGAAUAUGUUGAAUAUUAUAAAGGUUUUCUUAAAAAAGUAAAACACAUAACAUCUGAACUAGAAAAAAUCAAUGAAGAAGAAAGAUUAUUCAAAUUUCCAGAAACUGAAUAUCCUAAAAUAACAGAAUUACAUGAGAUAAUUAUGCCAUUCUAUGAUCUUAUAUAUCUUAUUUAUCAGUGGCAAAAAGACAGCACAGUAUGGCUAGAUGGUCCCUUUGAAUGGUUAGAUGCUGUUAUUAUAGAAAACAAGACACUGAACUAUUUUAAAGAAAUUACUGAAAUGAGUAAAACAUUUAAAACAAAAAUUAAAAUGGAUGUAACUGUAAACAAAUGCUUCAAAUUUUCUGGAAUCGCAGAUGAUCCAGAUCCACUGCAGCUACCUGCUCCAUUAAAGUUGUGCUGGCAAGCACUUAAUGAUAUAAAUGAUUUUAAGAAAUUUUUACCAUUAGUAACAUGUGUAUGUAAUCCAGCUCUUCAAAAACGACACUGGGUUGAAAUGUCUGAAAUAUGCAACCUUGACUUGACACCUAAUGCUGGAACAACUUUAAGAAAAAUUAUUUUACUUGAUUUAAUGCCUGAUAUUGAAAAAUAUGAAGCUAUUAGCAUAGGUGCAAAUAAAGAAUUAGAACUGCAACAAAAUUUACUGAAAAUGAUCAAAGAAUGGGAUAACAUUUCUUUUGAAAUAAAAUUUAAUGAAACAUCUGGAAUGCAUGAAUUUUCCAAUUUAAAUAACACAGAAUUAUUACUUGAAAAUCAUCUUGUAAUAAUUGCAGACAUGAAAACUUCAAAUUUUGUUAAGCCAAUAAUUUCAAUGGUGACAGAUUUUUAUACAUCCCUUAUCAGAAUUCAAAAAAUUAUCAACAAGUGGAACUAUAUUCAAAUAUUAAUACUUUCAUUAAAUGCUACUUUUCAUCAUUCUAAUAUAAAAGUGCAGUUAAUUGAAGAAUCAAAUUUAUAUCAAGAAAUUAAAGAAGUUUUGAAAGAUAUUAAAAAUAAGCUGGUAAAGAAUCCUACUUUUACAGAAAUUAAUAAUCCCCUGCUUUUAAGUUCUUUAUGCAAUAUUACAGAAAAACUUGAACAAGUCCAUGCAGGAGUAAAAAAUUAUAUAGAAGCUAAAAGAUUAUGUUUUCCAAGAUUCUUCUUUCUUUCUAAUGAAGAAGUUCAAGAAAUAUUAUUUAAUUCGUUUCAUUCUGAAAAGAUACACACAUCAAUACAAAAAUGUUUUCAGGGCAUAAAAAAAAUAAAAAUGAAUAAAAAUAAUUGUAUUUGUACUAUUAUUGGUGAUUAUGGAGAGGAAGUACAUUUAGAAAAUUUGAUUUCACUUCAUGCUGAGUAUGAUAGUGAAGAAAAAUGGUUAGUACAUUUAGAAAAUGAGAUAGAUACUGUGAUAAAAAAAAGUAUUUUGCAAUGUUAUCAGAAGUUUAGUGACAUAUUCACAUACAGUAAUAUUGCGAAUUUUCCAAGUAUGGUAAUUGUUUGUAUUUUCCAACUUUAUUGGACUUCUGAAAUUCGAAAUUGUUUUACACCAUUUAAUUCUGAAUUACUGAAUUCAUUACACCUAAAAUAUGUUGACCAUCUCAAUGAUUUAAUCAAUGAAUUGAAAAGCUGUUCAACAAAAAGAUGUAGAGAUGUAUUAAUGUCUUUAAUUACAAUAAUAAUAAAUCAGAAAGAUAUCAUUAAAUUGCUAAUAAACAAAAAUAUUACUAAUUCUGCAGACUUUGAAUGGAUUGCACAAUUACAGUACUAUUUAGAGGAAAAUUGUGUAAAAAUAUUAAUAUUUAAUAGUACUAUAAAAUAUGGAUAUGAAUAUAGUUACUACAAACAAUGUAUGAUUAACACUGCAUUAACAGACAGAUGUUUUCAUACUCUUAUCCAAGCAUAUAAAUAUCAUUUAUAUGGAGCUAUUGCAGGACCAUCAGCUACAGGAAAAACAGAAACUAUAAGAGGUUUAGCAAAAGCUAUUGCAGUAAAUUUUCAUAUUUUUAGUUGUGUUAAUAUACUGUCUUAUAAUUUUCUCUCUCAAACAUUUAAAGGGUUCAUUUCUUGUGGAGCAUGGCUUUGUUUUGAAAAUUUUAAUGAAUUGAAACUUGAAUUCUUAUCUAGAAUUAGUCAAAAUUUAAUUUCUAUUUUUCAUGCCAUAGCAUCAAAUUUGAAAACAAUAAUGUAUGAGGGCUCAUCAUUGAAUCUGAAUCCAACUGGAUAUGUUUGUAUUAUCACACAAUUAGGCUUAUUUAACUAUCAUGGUUUACCUGAUAAUUUAAAAAUGUUAUUCAGAACAGUAUCUAUGGUUGCACCAGAUAUUAGUAGAAUUGUAGAGGUUGAGCUAACUGCUGCUGGUAUAUCCAACUCAAAAUCUUUAACUAUGAAAUUAAUUACAUUUUACAAAGUACUAUCUAAGCAAUUACGAUGUAAAUCAUGUAAUACUUUUAAUUUAUAUUCUAUAAAAGCAGUUACUAAAACUAUAGUUUAUUUAAAAAGAUGUUUUCCAGAUGAGAAUGAAUCUCUUUUACUUCUGCGUUCGUUGAUCGAUAUCAAUCUCCCUCAACUAUGUGGUGUAGAUGUACUUGUUUUUAAAGAUAUAGUUCACAAUGUAUUUCCAGAUAUUACUUUGCUACCUCCAAAUUACUCAAUAUUUUUAAAAACUCUUGAAGUAAUAUGUAAAUCUAAAUCUUUGAGCAUUCAUGAUGUUUUUAAACUUAAAAUAAUACAGUUAUUUGAAUUAAUGUAUAUACAUAAAGGCUUAAUCCUUGUUGGCGAUCCAUUUGUAGGAAAAACAGAAAUUUUAUCUGUACUUCAGGAUGUUUUAUCAUACUCAUAUAAACAAGAAAUUGAGUUUGGUGUUAAUAUAAAGUUAGAAACUAUAAUUCCAAAUGUACUUGAUAUUAAACGUAUUUUUGGUUAUUUUGAUGAAAAUUCUAAGCUUUGGAAAGAUGGAUUAUGUUCCAGAAUGUUUCGCUCUUUUUCAAAUACUAAUUCUUUUGAUAAAACAUGGAUAAUAUUUGAUGGACCUUUAAAUAAUGUUUGGAUUGAAAAUUUAUAUUCAACUAUUGAUACAAAUAAGGUGUUAUGUUUAGAAUCGGGUGAAAAAAUUAAUGUAGCAGAUUCUGUAUCAGUUAUCUUUGAAACAACAAAUAUGACAGAGGCUUCUCCUGCUAUUUUAUCAAGAUGUGGUAUAAUUUAUAUUGAAUCAAAUUCUAUCAAUUGGAGAUCAAAUAUUAAAACACAUAUUUCUAGAAACAAUAUCUAUAAUGGAUAUGAAGAAAUAUUGUAUCAAUUGUUUGAAUGGAUUAUGGAUCCUGCUUUACAAUUUAUAUACAAACAUUGUACAUUAUCUUUAAUUGUUGAGAAAUUACAUUUUGUAAUGACCACACUGAAUUUGUUAGAAAUGUAUUUUACAGAUGCUCUAACAGAAUGUACUGAAGAAAAAGAUAAAACAAAUUAUUUUACAACAUGGAUGCAAGUUGCAUUUAUAUUAUCUAUUAUUUGGGGAUUAGGUGGAAAUGUUAGUAUAGAUUCUCAUGUUAAGUUUAAUUCUUUUUUUGUGGAAAUUUGGAGUGGCACGAACAAAGAGUAUCCAAAACCAGAAGCAAUAAAAAGUUAUGAUGUAGCACUACCUAAUGAAGGCUUAAUACAAGAUAAUUUUUAUAUUUUCAAAGGUGCUGGGCAUUGGAAAUAUUGGGGAAGCAUUGAUCUGUUAAAAAAUGAAGAAAUAUUAGAAAUGCCUUAUUGUAGUGAAAUUUAUGUACCAACAGCUGAUACGAUCAAGUAUAAUUAUGUAUUUUUAAAACAUGUUAAAUAUAAAAUACCUUUCAUUCUUUGUGGAGAUAUAUCUAUUGGGAAAACAUUUCUUAUGAAAAAUUUAUUGCAAAAUAAACUAUCACAAGGAACAGAUUUUAAUUCUUUCAGUUUUACUUCUUUGAACUCUGUUAUUAAAACACAACAGCUGUUGCUUUCAAAAUUAAAUAAAAUAAAUAAAACACAUUAUGGUCCACCAAAUGAUCAAUUCUGUGUUAACUUCAUAGAUGAUCUUAAUGUAGAAGUAGAUCAGCAAUCAAACAUAAAUAAUAUUUUAGAACUUUUUAGACAAUAUCAUAGUUAUAGAUAUUUCUAUGAUAUAAAUGAAUCUGAAAAAAUUUUUAUCCAGAAUAUUAUGUUUUCUUUUGCAAUUACACAAAAUACUCAAACUAAUAUAUGUCCCAGAUUUUUAAAACAUUUCAAUUUAUAUACUAUACAAGCACCUUCUACUAAUACCAUAUUCAGAAUAUUUUCAAACAUUCUUUUCAUUAAUUUAAAGAAGAAUUCUUUUGCUCCAGAUGUCUUGACUUCUGUAAACAGUAUAACUAAUGCUACAAUUGACAUUUACAACAUGAUAAUUAAUACAUUGCGACCAGUACCUGCCAAGUUUCAGUAUCAAUUUAGUAUUAGAGAUAUAAGCAAAGUAAUUAGUGGAUGUAUUCUUCUUCAAAAAGAAUCAGUAGAAACUAAAGUUACUUUUGUUCGUUUGUGGGCUCAUGAAAUAUGGAGAGUUUUUGGUGAUCGAAUAUUAGAUGCUGCUGAUAAAGAAUGGUUGUUCUCAAAAAUAAGAGAAACCACAAUAAGUAAUUUUAAAGAUUCGUUUGAAACAGUUUUUGAUUAUCUACCAAAAUCAGAAAAUAAUGAAAUUACUAUGAACAUGAAAUUCAUUCACAUUUAA